AUGCCCGUCAUCGCCGUUGUUCGGCUCAACCGAGCACCUAGAUGUGCUCGGCACACUCCUAGGAGGCCAACUCCGCCCCAACUCGCCUUGCCGUGCUCCCCUGCACUCAACCUCGAGCUCGCCCGACCGUCGCAGUCUGCUGCUGCUGCUGCAUAUUGCUGCUCACCGGGCCAUGCUCGUGCGUGCCCAGCCGCUCUUGGCCGAGCCACGCGCCUGCCCCGCGCCCACGCUGCCCGUGUUUCGGCCGGCCGCUGCGCCCCGCUCGCGUUGCCGUCGUUCACCUGCUGCUCUGCUCCGCCGUGCAACCUACCUUGCCUCGCCUCACAUCCACCUGCCGCCGCCUCCCCUUGCCUCGCCGGCCCCGCUUCUCCGCAUCGCGCCGCCAGCCCGCUCCCGGCCGGCCCCGCUCGACCUCAGCCGCGCCCAUGCUCUCUGCUGCUGCCCCCUGCUGCGCGCUGCUGCAGUUCUGCCGCGGCCUCGCACAGCCCCGCCCCUAGCCACCAUCGCCAAAUGCCGCCGUCCGCCCCUGUACACCGCGUCGGCCGCCCCGUACAGCCGCGCCCGCCGCAACCACCCGGCCCUCGCGCCGCUUGCCACCCUCCUUCGCCCCAGGCCGCCCUGCUGGCCGCUGGUGCCGCGCCGCCCCCGCAUGCGCCGACAGUCGCGCCUGAGCCGCUCCCCCUCGCCGGCGCGCCCCUACGGCCGGGCGACGCCGCGCUCGGGCUCGCCCCGUCGGGCACCCGUGCCCGCGCCCAAUAG